GCCCUCACUUGCUAAACAAGUAAGAAAGUUUGCUCCAAACCCCGGCGGCGCCGUCUCCUCCUCCCGCACCUCCGCCGCCGCGUCGCACGGAAGCGAGAGACACAGCAGGAGACAACGACGGCGACGGCGAUGAGGAGUCACGCGCUCCAGCUCGUCGCGCGCGCGGUGCGCGCCUCCGCUCCCCGUCCCCAUCCCCAGCGCCAUCUCCAUCAGGUCGCCGCGCUGAGAGCGUCGACGGGUUUCUUCUCGACCGAAGCCGCCGCUGGCGCAUCUGCGGCUGCUACUGCCGGCGCGGCGCAGGGCGGGUCGAAGUCCGCUGCGGCUGCUGCCGCGUCUUCUGGCGCGGCGCAGGCCGCUUCGAAGCCCGCGGCGGUGGCGUCGGGCUCUGACGGCGGUGGCGGAGGGAGCGGGCGGGAUGGGAAGUCGCAGCAAGGGGACUCCGGCAAGUCUGUCCGAGGAGGGCCCGUCUCAUGGUUGAGUUUUCUUCUGCUUCUUGUGACCGGAGGAGGAAUCAUAGUGUACUACGACAAGGAGAAGAAGCGUCACAUUGAAGAGCUGAAGAACAGUACGAAUUCAGUGAAGCCAGCACAAUCAGUAGGAACUGCUGCUAUUGGCGGUCCAUUCACUCUUCUAAAUCAUGAUGGGAAAACUGUCACUGAAAAGGAUUUCUUGGGUAAAUGGACGCUGCUAUAUUUUGGUUUCACACACUGCCCUGACAUUUGUCCAGAUGAACUCCAGAAGAUGGCUGCUGCUAUUAACAAAAUCAAGGAAAAGGCAAAACUAGAAAUUGUGCCAGUAUUCAUCUCAGUUGAUCCUGAAAGAGACACUGUUGAGCAAGUCCAUGAUUAUGUUAAAGAGUUCCAUCAAGAUCUCAUAGGACUAACUGGUACCUCUGAUGAGGUGAGAAAGGUUGCUCGUGCUUAUCGAGUCUACUAUAUGAAGACAGAGGAGGAGGGUUCUGACUACCUUGUUGAUCAUUCAAUCGUCAUGUACCUGAUGAACCCGAAAAUGGAGUUUGUCAAAUUCUUCGGCAAGAACUACGACGAAGACACCCUUGCCGAGGGCAUCAUCAAAGAGGUCCGAGAGCACAAGAGGAGCUGAGCUGAAAUCACGCGCACCAUUUCGUCUCGGUUGCCAUUUAGAACUUACUAUAUCCUUGAAUAAACAAACUCUGACUCCGAUGCUGCUGCUGCUGCUAGUUCACGCGUUUUGGAACGGCAGGACCCUUAGGAUAUCGCACUCUCCCUUUUCUAAAUCUUGAAGCCUCUUUGUUGUGGCAGAUUUUGUUGCACCCGCGAUGUUUCGCACUUUUGCUAGCGUGACAAGUGAAGGUGCUACUUUGACUCUUGUGUUAAUGUAUAAGUGCUCUGUUGAGCGAUGAGAUUUGCUGGGGAAA